UCUCCCCUCUGUUUCUCCGUCUGGUUAUCAGCUCAGAGAUCUGAUCUGAUCAGAUCUGAGGGUCACAUGUUGUCAUAAAUACACCUGAACUCAGAGCAGUUGCACACAGAAGCUGGACUGGACCACAGAGACAACAUGAAGCUGAGACACGGCGUCUGCACUCUGCUGGCAUGUUGCAGUGUAUUGUGGGUAGUCGCCUCCUCCGUCAAGGUUAAAGCUCCUGCUCCUCCUGGAUGUGACUCCAUGUUGGCAUUCUCCUCAGAGGUCUCCUCCUUAUCUGAAGGAAGCGGGAACAUCUACAGCAGAUCUCUAUCGCCAUGGAGAUGGAGGUCGAACACAGUGAAGAACCGGAUCCCCUCCACCAUCUGGGAGGCAGAGUGCAGCAGCAGCUUCUGUACCAGUCCCAACCCCGGAUACGUGGAAAAAGACAACCUGAACUCAGUCCCCGUCUACCAGAACAUCCUGGUCCUGAACCGGCAGGAGGGGGGGCGCUGCUACACUGCAUCGUACCAGUCUGUGGCUGUGGGCUGUACCUGCGUCUGGGCCAAAACCAACCAAAACUGAAACGGUAUCGAUCUGACCCAACAGCUGAGAAGAGAGAAAAAAGAAACUCAAAAAAAAUCAGUGAAAGAAUUCAGUGUUUAAUGUUUGCUGGUUGUACAGAAUCAUUGAAGUGGUUGUCAACUUUACUUCUGUAUGAAAAUUAUUAAAACAAGUUUAACCAUAGUUCAGGCUGUGUAAUAAACCAGGAAACUGAGGUGAAGAGGUGACUGUCCACGUCUCUGCAGCAGCUUCAACACAAACUGAACAUCAGAGGGUUUUAGCUCCAUGUACCUAAUA